AUGCAGCUAACUGACCUUCCCGACGAAGUUGUCGCUCGAGUAUUCUCGUAUGUGCUGCCCAAUGUGCUCCACGACAAGUUUUUGCCGUCUAAAAGUUGGGAUACUCUUUCUGGUUUGCAGCUACUUGCCUACAAGUCCAUCGUUUCGGGGACAAUUAUCGUACGCGGUGGCAACCACACAAACAAAAUGGAUUCAGUGGGACUCUUUCACACUCAAACCGAGUUGAAAUCCGCAUUCACAAUCAAAACCAUGGAACGUGGCUACGACACAAUUCGAGAUUUGAUAAUGUACAAUAUGAAGUCACAAACUCCGGUGCUUCCUGUUGAGCUAGGCUUAUACUAUCGGUCCGAUGGCCACGAGACAGAAGAGUACGUGGUGAGUGAAUUGAGGGCAAUGGUCAAAAUCUUGGAAUUAUUGGCGGUGGGCUACCUGCUGGCUAUCCCAGUAGUCAAUGUCCAAUUAGAGCACAAUGCCGAUCCAAGUCCAACCCUUAAGUCAUUACGACGUAAAGUCACCAAUCGAAUGCUGGCGCUCGAUAAGCGUUUGUGCAAAGUUUUGUUUGCUCGAGAAUUUGCAGCAUCUCCAUUUUACGAUCACCUUCAGUUCAUGUCUUCGCGGUUUGAAAACUUGAAACAAAUUCAUUUUUGGAACGACGGCAUUCGAGAUAUCUCUUUGCCUCGAGUCGCUUCAUGUGCGCCGAACCUACAAGUGUUGGAUCUCUCGGGAAAUUCCAUAUCGAAUUUGGUGAGAGUACCGGUUUCCGAAUCGAUUACUGUUUUGAGAGUCAGAGCAAAUGGCCUAACUUCGCUCGAGGGUCUCGAGUUCAAGUCCUGUGGUUCGUUGCGUGUUCUUGAUGCCUCUGUGAACGAUAUUGGUUCGCUUGAAGGAGUGUUUUUACCUCCCUCGAUUCGAAACUUGGACGUUAGUUUCAACGCUAUUGCCAAGGUGGGACUCAUUAUGUUGCCAGCCAACUUAGAGACUCUCAAAUUAUCAAAAAACAGCAUUCUGUCGUUGACUCAUCUAGAACUUCCGCCGUCGCUCCAGAAACUCCAGCUCGAUUCCAACAAUAUCACGGCGCUUCCAAUUGACUUUUUUCACCAUACUCAUAAAUUGACAGUCUUGGAUCUCUCAGAUAACAAAAUUGACGAUUUGGACGAAUUGGGUCAGCUUCCUGACUCAUUACAACACCUUAAGUUGGAUGGAAACCAAAUCGACUACAGUAAUCUCUCCAACAUUUUGCAGCCAAAUUUGCGAACAUUAUCCAUGGCAUCCACUGGGCUCGUUUCAUUGACCCAUUUAAAUUUCCCGCCAUACCUUUCUGAUAUCAAUUUUUCCAAGAAUGAAAUCAGCGAGUUGGCACAUAUCAAGUUUGGACCCCAUUUAGCCAAACUUGACCUCUCCUAUAAUAGGUUGGAAAGUUAUAAUCCUGCACAGCAAAAGCUCGAUAUACCCGCUACGGCGAUGGUUAUACUAGAGCAUAAUUCACUAAAAGAUGAGGUAGAGAAGUAA